UCCAUAUUUUAACGCAUCUUCGCGAUUAUUAAUAAAUAAGUACUGAAAAAAAAAAUUAUUGCCAAUAUGGAUUACGAUUUUUCUAACAAAGUAGUGCUGGUAACUGGCGCCAGUUCUGGUAUAGGUGAAUCCACCGCCCUCCUGUUCGCUAAACUUGGCGCGAAGCUGUCGCUGGUGGGAAGAAAUGAAGCUAACUUGCGAGCAGUCGCGGCCGAGUGUGAGAAGCAGAAGGGCGUGAAGCCGCUGGCGAUCGUCGCGGAUUUGGGGACUGAUGAAGGGAUCCAGAAGACUGCUAAGGAGACUCUAGCACACUUUAAAAGACUGGACGUCUUGGUGAACAACGCCGCCAUCGGUGCACGCACUAGCAUCCUGCACGAGACUGACAUGAAGAUCUUCGACGACGUGUUCAGGAUCGAC